GGGGAAGCGGGGAAGGCCGGCUCCGGAAAGAAGGGCGGCGCCGGCGCCGGGAGGGCGGAGCCGUGAGGAAGAUGGCGGACGACAAGGACUCUCUGCCAAAGCUGAAAGAUCUUGCUUUUUUGAAGGAUCAAUUGGAAAGCUUGAAACGAAGAGUUGAAAAUGAGGUACAGGCUGGAGUAGGACAGGAAGGCUCUUUGCUGGCAUCCCCAUUUCUCAAAGGGUUUCUUGCUGGCUAUGUUGUAGCCAAACUCAGAUCGUCAGCAGUCCUUGGAUUUUUAGUGGGGACUUGUACUGGUGUGUAUGCUGCUCAAACCUAUGCAGUUCCUAAUGUGGAAAAGACAGUCAAAGACUAUUUCAAUUCAUUCAGGAAAGGACCAGAUUAGACUAUAGUAUCUCAUGUAGCAAUACACUCCAAAAA